AUGCUGGCCUGCUUUGAUAGGAUACCUCGGCGCGGCUUGAAGCCGCUAGCACAUGCAGCAUUGUUGGGAGCACUGGCCGUAGGAGAGGAAGAUUUUCCGGGGAGUGCUCUUGGGAGAAAGCUUUCGAGCGCGUCAGCUCAGCGGAGCUCCGAGCUGCUUUCUAAGGGGCAAGACGGCGACCAGCAGAGCCCAUCGACCGCGAAAGGGUCGCCAGUCAACCGGGGACUCAAAGACGGCGACCUCAAUGCGCCCAAAAACGCAACAGAGCCGAAACCUGUGCUGCCCACCAGCGUCGCUUUCCCCGGGAGCCCAACAACUGCCUCGAGGGAUCCCCCCAGAAGCUCAACGACUUUCUCGGGGAAUCCCCUCGGAAGCCCAACAACUCUCUUAGGAAGUCCCCCCAGAAGCCCAGCGACCUCUGUGGGGGAUCCCUCCGGAAGCCCAACGACAUUCUUGGGGGAUCCCUCCGGCCCCUCCUUCCACCCCCUCAGACACGUGCACGCCUCGCACCUCGAGAGCGGUGCCCCGGGCCUUUUCUCACCACGGGGCCACGUGACCACGACCGGCAGACGGGUAAUCACCAUAGCGUAUUUGCACGCGCUGCUGGAGCGGGACGCGCGCAGGUGGGAGGGUUUGGUGACAUCAACGGAGGCCCCGGUGACGUCAGCACGACCGGGAAGGCGGUUGGAGGCGGCGAACGGGACCGUGGAUUUGGCGCUGAAUGGGAGUAUUGAGACGAACGGGCUGUAUACGACAACCAUUGGGAUCGGCACGCCGCCACAGAACGUCAGCGUUCAGAUUGACACCGGUUCGGACCUUCUCUGGACGCAGUGCGCGCCGUGUGACAACUGCACAAUUAGCCCUCAGCUGCCCCCGGUUGAUCCCAACCGGUCGUCCACCUUCGCGAGCCUCCCGUGCGACUCCCGCUGCACCGCGCUCAACGCGACUGCCCAGGGGAGCCUCGGGUGCGCGAACGUGAGCGGUAACGGCAGCGGUAACGCUCAGCCGGACUGCGGGUAUAUCAUUAUGUACGGCGACAUGUCCGCGUCCGCGGGGGUGAUCGUCGGGGACAUGCUGACGUUGCCCAACGCGACUGGGAACGUCAGCAUUGAGGCGUCGGCAAUCUUUGGGUGCGACUUAGCCGAGACGCCGAACCUGAUCAUCCCCGGAAUGAACGGUUUGAUGGGCCUAGGACGCGGUCCGCUUUCAAUUCCCUCCCAGCUUUACGUCCAAAACGCGACGGCAGUGGACGCCUUUUCGGUCUGCCUGGCAGGGGUCGAAGGGGGUGGGGGUCUCAUUUUUGGAAACACGACCCCCCCGGUGCCGCUGAACUACACGGAUCUGAUCGCGCCGAAAAAGAUCUUCUACAGCGUUUCGUUGGAUGACAUUCUUGUCAAUGAAACGAGGCUCGAUCUGCCGCUCCUGCGCCUGAUUAACACGUUCCUGGACACGGGAUCGACGGCCAUCUCGCUUCCGUACAACGUGCAACAGGCAUUCCGUGACGAGAUGCUGGCCCAAGUUUCGCUUCCGCUCCUGAACCGCGUCUUCUCCGAGAACCUCGUCGGCUCCGGAGCGACCUGCUUCCAGCUGCCCCCUUCCGCACUAUCGGACGGCGUCCUGAACGCGAGCGCCUUCUUCCCGACCGUCCGAUUCGACCUCACGGGUGCGCCGCUGCUGCUGCAGCCGGACGAUUACGUCAUCUUCGCGGAGAGUCAGGACGGGUCCAUUUUGAUCGGCUGCCCGCUUAUGCUGAGCCAGGGCGCGCGCCAAUCCUCCCUGAACAGCGUCAUCAUCAUCGGAGAUGCCGGCAUGCGGAACCACUACUUCGUCUUCGACCGGCAGGCCGACCGAGUGGGCCUCGCGCCGAUCAACUGUACCACUUUGGCGCCCCGCAACGCAUCGGCGCCAGUGUCGCAAGCUUUCAUCCCUGGUCUCUCGCAACCCUCGACUGCGACUCCGCUUGACUAGGUGCCAAGGAAAACGUGCGAUCUCUCGGCCGGGGCCAAGAAUGAAGAUGCGUGAUCGACUCAGACGGUUGGUGCGGACAUCAUGCCUGGAUUUUCGGACAGUAUAGUAGUCGCGCCGCCACUAGUUUGUAUUGCAGAGGCUUGUCCCGGCAUAUUGUUGCAACCAUGACCGCAAGGGAUUUUUCUUUUCAACACUACACUUGACGGCGCA